AUGAGGGCAUCGGCAUCAUCUCGGUUUCUCAGGCCACUCGCCAAGUUAUCUCUUCAACCUCUCUCAAAACCUACCUUCUUCCUCCCAUCAUCAACAUACCGCUCCAGGCCCUCAAAAGUUCUCCCUCCAACAUUCUCCUCCUUGAGUCGCAAAUACUCCACUCCUUCAGAUUCUCCCUCAAUCCUCCCGCCGCCAUCUUCAUCUUCCUCUACUUCUUCCUCCACUUCCUCCUCUCCGUCAACACCCUCAGACACUUCUUCGUCGCCGUCCUCUACGGUUUCAUUCCCACUAGCUGAAAAACCUUCCUACGAACUAACCUUCACCUGCAAAAAGUGCUCCCACCGCUCCUCCCAUAAAGUCACAAAACAGGCCUAUCACAAAGGUACGGUCCUAAUUCAGUGUCCCGGAUGCGAGGUUCGGCACCUUAUCGCCGAUCACUUGAAGAUAUUCAGAGAUAAGCCGACAACAAUCGAAGAUAUUAUGAAGGAACAAGGGGAGAAGAUCAAGAAGGGGAUUAAAUAUCGAGAUGGAGAUAUUGAAAUAUUACCGGAGGAAGAGGUGGAAGAAUUGCCAAAAGUAGAGCUGAAGGGUGAGGGAGAGAAGAAGUAG